ACGGCGAGGCUGGUCGCGGUCGCCAAGGUUACGGGGAAACAGCAAUCUCGGCGGAUCAGUGGUAGCCUAUCGCGCGCCGCUUCAUUGUGGGCUGCCACCAAAAAGCAGCAGAGAAACACAGUUUGGUCACAUCACGCAGCUUAAUGAUGACAUCUCAACAGGAGGAACAACCUUAUCCCUUUGUAGAUAUUUAUGAUGAAGAUGAAGCUGACAGAGUCUUUCUUACGUCUAAGCCCACCUGUUUCGCCAUCCUUGGGAAACCCAGUGUUGGGAAGAAAACAUUAGCUAAAAAAUUAGCCCAGAUCUGGAAAUGCACACUCAUAGAUGCUUCAGAGCUUAUUGAUGAGAACAUAACAGCAGAAACAGAAUACGGAAUCAAGUGUAAUGAAUUGCUCUAUCAAGGUCAAGCUAUACCUGAAGACUUGAUUAUAAACAUGCUUAUGAAGAAGAUUGAAUCUCCAGAGGUUUUUCACUUUGGUUAUGUUCUCUGUGAUUUUCCUUCUCUCUCUGAAGAACACAUGAGUAUACCAGAACAAAUAGACGUAAUUAGAAAUGCAAAAUUAAAACCAGAUUUCCUGAUUAAUAUUAAGUGUCCUGACUAUGAUUUGUGCCAAAGAAUCAGUGGACUAAGGCAGCACCCCGAAACAGGGCAAAUAUAUAUUAGAGAUGAGUGGGAUCCAGAUAUUAUUGAAAAGCGUAAGAAAAAGAAGAAAGAGCCACGCAAAUCUGUGGAAGAAGAAGAGGAAGAAGAGGAAGAGGAAGAAGAAGAAGAGACAAAUGAGGCAAUAGCUGAUCAAAUCAUGCUGACAGAAAUUUUGCCACAUUUAGUGCACAGACCAGAAGAUUUUUUAGAAAACAUACAAGAGAGAGUUGCAAUCUAUAAGGACAUUAUGCUACGUCCUUUAGAGACAUUAAUGGCUGAGCAGGAUUCCCAGUACCUGUUUGAACUAGAUGGAAAUAAGCCUGUUGAAGAACUCAUUGCAACAGUAAUAGCUCGUCUUCAGUCCAUGGGCCUACGAAAUGGAGCUCUUAUAACCAAACUUCAGAGUGGUGAGGAAGAAAUGUUGGAUGGACUGGAUAACGAUGAACUGUUCCGGGUGCUUGCAGCCUACAAACUUGUAGCACCUAGAUACAGAUGGCGUCGCAGCAGAUGGGGACGUGCAUGUCCUGUGGCUUUAAAAAACGGGGAAAUUAUCAUGGGAUCAACAGACUUUGCCCUUGGCUUCUUAGGUAAGAUGUAUACACUUUCAAGUGAAGAAGCCCUGAAGGAGUUUAUGCUGAAUCCCCGUUCUUAUCUUCUACCACCUAUGCCUCUUCCACCUUGUAAAGUAAUAGUAUUUGGACCUCCAUUAUCUGGGCGUACAACCUUGUGUGGCUUGAUUGCAAACUGUUAUCAGGGAAAGGUUAUUGAUAUGGAGCGUCUUCUUAAAGCACAAUUUGAAGAGGCAAGAUUACAGCUCAUUGAGCAGACUCGUUAUGAAGCAAUUCAGGCAGGCAUUCAGAAAGUGAAAGAAAAAAUGGAAAAUGAACGACUGUUCCAGGAGCAAGCGGCAUUGAUAGCCCAAGACUUAAGUGACAAAGAACCAGAUGAAUAUGAAGAGGGUGUUACCACUGGUGAAAUAAGUUCAGUGCCGCAAAGCGUUACAUCAUCUGUUAGUCAAAAAGAAAGUAGUACCAUAAAAGAAGAAGAAGAGGAAACUGAAAUGGAAGAGUUGUCUCCAUCCCAGGCUGCAGAAGAAAUGGCGACAGAAACCUCAGUGCCCCAGACUUCGGAGGUAACAUCUGAGCAUCCAGAGGUGCAAGAGAUAGUACAGAAAGCCAUUGAAGCUGUAAUGUUCUCUCCAAUACUGCUACCACCAGAAGCAUAUGCUGAUGCAUUAGAAGAAGCAAUUACCGAGCUUUCUAAAUCAAAUAAGUACAGAUAUCCUGGAGCGGCAGAAAAAGGAGGAUGGGUCUUGGAUAAUUUUCCUCCAUCGGCAGAACACUGGGCAGCUUUGGUAGAAAAAGAACUUCUACCAGAUACUGUGAUUUGCUUGAAGAAUUCUGAACAAAAUGGAAAGAUAUUGCUCACUAGAAUGUACCAAGCAAAUAAAGAAGAAGUUGAUGCUAAAAUUAUAAAAAGGCUAACAGAUGAAGCUUUAAAGAAGAAACAAGAGGAAGAAGAUGCAAAAAAAGAACUGCAGGAAAUGCUGAAAAUGCAAGCUGAAGAAUUUGCCGAAGAGAGAGAAUCCAUGGACUUUAUAGAUCAUCCAUCUGCAUCUGAAUCACAGACCAAAAUGCCACCAGUGACUGAAUCAGGUCCAACAAUACAACCUACUGGUUCUGACGAGACUAAAGAGAAAGAAAAAUCUGGAGAAUCAUUAGAAACUAGGGGUCAACUUGAUGAAGCACAAGCAUCUCUGGAUUCCAAAGAGCAACAGGAGAGCAAGACAGAAUCAAAAGAAUCAGCAGAACACACUGAAACUGAAGAAGAACCUCAGCUACCAGCACCACUGAAGAGUAUUGCAUCUGUACUAGGAGUCAGGCUACCUGAAUAUCCUGAGGAUGCUUUCCCAGAUGUAGUAGAAAUGGAGCCAUUGAAAAGUAAAAUUAUCCAAUUUCUGCAUGAAUGGCAAAGAACAGAAGCAGCAAUUUCAGAGUCACCUUUAGUUCAGGUUUCAGAAUUGGAGAUUGAAGGACAAACUCUGCAAAUGCUUCUUGACCAAACUAUUCAGUCUAUGGAACAACCUUUUAAGUACCAUGGCUGGGAAUUUGGUCCUGAAGAUGACGAUGAAGAACAAGAAGAUUUGCAAGCUGAAGCAGAGGCACUGGCAGAGGAAGAGGAAGAGGAGGAAGAGGAUGAAGAUGAGGAAGAAGAAGAGGAAGAAGAUGAAGAAAAAGCUGCUCAGAGGAAGAGACACAUGGGAGAUACAAAGCACUUUUGUCCAGUGAUUCUAAAGGAAAACUUUAUCCUUUACCCAGGACUUCCUGACAAUGCAGCUAAAUAUCGAGAAAAACACUAUUAUUUUUCAACUCCAGAAAACAGAGAUAAAUUUUUGGAAAACCCAGAAGAAUAUGUGUCUCAUAAUGAGCCAUUAAAAGCUCCCCCUAUAAGAAUAUGUCUUUUAGGAUCACAUGGAGCAGGUAAAACAGUUUGUGCCCGUUGGUUAGCAGACAAACUAGGUAUUUUCCACAUUCAGUUUGAGGAGCGCCUGCAGGAAUUGAUCAUGAUCAAAACUGGAAAAAGAGUUGGACCUGAAGAAGAAGAGGAAGAGGAGGAAGAGGCUGUCAUGCAAGAAAUGGUUGAAUCCCCUCAAGCUGGAGUUGAAGAACUUGAGGGUGAAGAAGAAGCUAAGCGACUUCAAGAGAAAGAGGUGCAGUUAACAGACGAAGAAGAAGCAAUCAAGGCAAAUAUAAUAGAAAGUGAAGCCUUGCCCAUGGAGGUGCUUGACGGCAUUGUUCUUGAUUGGUGGAUGAAGGAACCAUUUCGAUCCACAGGUUUUAUACUGGAUGGUUUUCCUCGAACAGCAGAGGAAGCUCAGUAUUUAGCAGACCGCUGCCUUUGUCCUGAUGUUGCAGUUUACCUUGAAGUUGAUGAAGAGGAUGUUUCUGACCGACUUCUUCCCAAGCGUGUGCAAAUAUGGCAAGAGAAACAAGCUAGAAAAUUUGAGAAGAAGCAGCAGAUAAAAGACAUGAAGGCAAAAUUAAGAGCAGAGCUGGUUGCGCAAAGAAGGGCAGAGCUUUUGGCAGAGCAAGCAAAAAGGAAAAUGGAGGAGGCUGCAGCUAAGGUUGAAAAUGACAUUCCUGGUGAAGAGGAGGAGGAGGAAGAAGAAGAAGAUAUUGAAGCUAUUUUGGAAGAAGAGUUCCCGAAAGAAGAAGAUGAGGGAGAAGAUGAGGAAGAGGAGCAGGAGUCUGAGGCUAUUGAGCGCAUGAGAACUGAACUCUCAGAGAAAUAUGAAACUGAUGUUACUAAUCUGCAAGCAGUGCAGGAGGAACUUGAAAAAUUGUUGAUACCCGAAAUAACUAUUGUAUCCAAGCGAAAGCCUCACAUUGUGUGCUAUCAAUUGUAUAAAAAGCUGAAGGACAUAAUAGAAAAUCGUGAAAGCAUUUUUGAGAAAUGUUAUCCAUUAAGCUUAUCCCUUGCACGCAAGAUGCUAGUUCUUGCCUAUAAACAUCCAAGCAAUUUUGGCCAAUGGGACCCAAUCAAGCUAAGUGAAGGAGAUGCAAUCAAGCCUUUUCAAAAUCAAGAUACUCCUAGCUUUCCACUUAUCCAUCGGAAUUGUAUUUAUUUCUUUACAAGCAAAGAGAACAGGGAUACAUUUAUGAAAAAUCCCAUCAAAUAUCUCCGUCAGCCGAAGCCGAAGCCAACUGUGCCAGUUAAGAUUGCAGUUGUGGGGCCUCCAAAAUCUGGAAAGACUACAGUUGCUAAAAGAUUUGCAAAAGAAUAUGGAUUGUUGCGCCUUUCCAUGGGAGAUGCCAUCCGUAUGGUGUUAAAUAAUCAGCCAGAGACAGAACUAGCGCUUAUAUUGAAGUGGCAUCUUCAGAAAGGAUUGACUGCACCUGAUGAACUUGCCGUGAGGGCUCUAGAUAUUUCACUGAUGGAUACUGUGUGUAACACCUCAGGAAUUGUUAUUGAUGGAUACCCUGUAACAAGAAAACAAGUAGACCUUCUUGAAGAAAUGAAAAUCAUUCCAGUAAAAAUCUUUGAAUUAGAUAUUGAUGUGAAGGAGGUCCUCAGAAGAGCACUGCAGGAUAAACAAAACCCUAACAGAUAUCCUUAUCCAAUGCACGACAGUUCCCAUAUUCUCUCUAUCAAGAAUUCGUGUUACAGAGCACAAACAGAAGAAAUAAGACCUUACUACGAGGAGCAGCACCAAAACUGGUAUGUGAUUGAUGGAACACACAGCAAAUGGUGGAUCUGGAACAAAAUACUUGAGGAAACUCAAGCAAUCACCAAGCAGAUCCAGAUCUAUCUGGAAAGAAUACGACAAGGAAUGGCAGCCAGUAUUGCCGAUUUGUGUAUCACGCCACAAGAACUGCUGUCUCGGCUGGGAGAGUUUGGGCAAUAUUGUCCUGUCAGCCUUGCAGAAAAGGGAGAGCUCGUUGAUUGUUCUGUAACGCCUUCUCUAAAGUUUGCAGCAGAAUUUCGAGGACAUUACUACAAAAUGGCUGGACAAGAGGAACUAGAUAAAUUCCUGAAGAAUCCAGAAUUAUAUGUCCCCCCAUUAGCACCUUAUCCUCUCCCUCUCCCACACAAACUACCAAAGAAACUGACUGCAGCAGAUGUGAAGGCUUUAUUUCCUAUGCAAGCUGAAUUGCAAGGAUACUGUCCAGUUACUUACCUAGAUGGGAAGCAAAGGUACGAAGCACUGGUACCUGGAGACAUUGAAUAUGCUGUACUUUAUCGCAACAAGCUAUAUAUUUUUGAAAGUGAAGAAAAGCUUCAAAAGUUUAUGAGAUUACCAGAGAAAUAUUGGAACCAGACCCUCCCACAUAAACUUCCCCCAAUAAAGGAGCCAAUAUUGCUGACAGCUCUUCCCCUGACUGGAUACCUGGAACAGGGUGUGGCCACAGCUCUGAUAAAAGCAAUGAAUGAAGUAGGUUGUUUAAAACCAAAAUUUCCUUUCAUAAGUGUGAAAAGGACUGCUCUGCUGUUCAUAGCCUAUCAUUUGAAAGCAUAUAACCCCAAGAGCUCUGAUUAUAUACGAAAGAAGUACAAGAGGAAGUUGGAACGCUUCAUAGAUCAUUGUGAACUUAUACCAUACCUGGGAAUCAAAAUGACACAGAGGUAUAAAGAGCCUCAAAAUCGACCUAUUGACUUUGAUCACAAAUUACAUACCUUUUUGUCUCUCAAAGAUGUGGAUCCAACCUCUCAUUAG